AGCAAGAUAAACUGGAUCUCUCCUCUGUCUACACAGCAGUUGUUGAGAGACAACGUAGCUGUGUAAAUUAGAAGUAAAAUGUUAACAGUGAGUGAGGUGCUGGUACUUUCUGUGGUGUCUCUGUUGUUGGUACAGUUUCUGAAAUUGCAAUGGAUGAGAAGACAAUUUCCUCCGGGACCAACUCCGUACCCCUUCUUUGGAAAUCUGUUGCAGAUGAACUUCAAAAUUCAUCAUGAGCAUCUUAAAAAAAUGUCCAAAAUUCAUGGUGAUAUCUUCACCUUAUGGAUUUCAAACACUCCUGCAGUGGUCCUGCAAGGGUUUCAAGCAGUGAAGGAAGGUCUGACUGCCCAUGCUGAAGAUGUUGCUGGAAGGCCCUUAAUCGGAAUCCUUCACAUUCUGACACAUGGAAAUGGUGUUAUGUUCUCUAAUGGUCAUCUCUGGAAGCAGCAGAGGCGUUUUGGACUUGCAACAAUGAGGAAAAUGGGAGUAGGGAAAGAAGAUCAGGACUACCGACUGCAAGAGGAGGCUGCUCACUUGGUGGAAUACUUACAGAAAACAAAUGGAAAACCUCUGGACCCCACUACACCUGUUGCUCAUACUGUCGCAAAUGUGAUUUCUUCUGUGCUUCUUGGACAUCGCUUCUCCAGAGAUGAUGAGAAUUUUCACCGCCUGAUUGACUCCUUUGACACCAUGGCAGCAUUUUUGAACAGCAUCUCCUUUUUUAUAUAUGAGUUGUCUCCCUGGCUUGCUGGUCUUUUUCUGCCAUCAGUUAAAAAGGUGAAGUCCUGCAUAGAUUUUGUGAAUGGUCUGUUAGCAAAGGAACUUGAAAGUCACAAAGGAAAAAGCAAACUUGAUGAAAAUCGAGAUUUUAUUGAUUACUAUUUGGAUGAGAUAGAUAAAACUAAAGGAGAUCCUGAGGCUACUUAUAAUGAAGUAAAUUUGAUCCAGACUGUUACUGACCUCUUUGUAGCAGGUACAGAAACUACAGUCACCACUUUACUGUGGGCAUUGCUCUAUAUGGUGAUUUAUCCUGACAUUCAAGAGAAAGUCCAGAAGGAGCUGGAUGCUGUUGUGGGUCGUUCCCACGUAUUUUGCUAUGAGGACAGGAAAAAGCUGCCCUACACAAAUGCUGUAAUUCAUGAGAUCCAGAGAUACAGUAACAUACUCUUAAUUGCACUGCCCAGACUGAGUGUGAAGGACACGGAGCUGCUGGGAUAUCGUGUUCCAAAGAACACCAUGGUUUUAGCAAAUAUUGACUCUGUUCUGGCUGAUCCUGGGAAAUGGGAGACACCUGAUCAGUUCAACCCAGGCCACUUUCUGGAUAAAGAUGGAAACUUUGUAAACAGAGAAGCAUUCUUACCAUUUGCUAUAGGGCACCGUGUAUGUAUGGGGGAGCUGUUGGCAAGGAUGGAGCUCUUUAUUGUCUUUUCCACCCUGCUACAGGCAUUCACAUUCACCCUGCCAGAAGGAGUGAAGGAAGUCAACACCAAGUUUGUUUUUGGGAGCACAAUGAAGCCACCUCCCUACCAGCUCUGUGCCAUUCCUCGGUAGGAAAUGGCAGAUUCGGGGAAGAGUUACUCUGUAAAACUGCUUCUGUAUGUGAAUUCCUUUUUACAUGUCCUAAGACUUUUGCUUUCCUCUUCAUUUCGUUAAUCACUACCCUGAAACAUUCUUGACAGACAGUUGCAUCCUGAGGAUAAUAAUUAUAAAGGGCUCUUAUUUUGUUAUUUUUUUUUUCUGUUUGGAAAAUAUUGGUAAACUUCUCCUGAUGUGUAACAAAUAAAGACAUGAAGGGGAGAAUUAGAAUUGGGACUUAUUUAUUAUCAACUGGAAAGAGGUUUUACAGAGAAAAAUCUUGAAGCGUGGUCUGUAAAUUGGAAGGCUCAUGAAUAAAGAUUCUUCCUCAUAAGCCACAGUUGCAUUUGUGGAGAUAGGCUCAGAGGUCUUCCAGUCUGUCUUGGGAUAUUAGUGGGUGCAGGAGGUAAAAGAAGCUCUCCAAGGAAGCUUUCAAGAGGCAGAUAGUAUGACCUGAGAUAACAUUCCCUUAGACUGAUAUGGUUUUCUGUUGAGCAAGCUUGUUGUAUACAACUCUAUUGUUGUCACUUGGGAAAACAGUUCAGGGUUUCACUCACUAAACCAGGUAGCCUUUCAACCCUUCAGAUGAAAACAGAAGAGUGGCUUUAUCAGGCAGUUGUGGAGAGCUUUUCAUAUCACAAGCAAAGAACAAGGACUGGAAGACAAAUUACAACAGUGAGCAGUCACAGAGUGUUGAUAAUUUAUCCUUUUUAUGAGCCCAUUGGUUGCCAGCAACAUGAGAACAUCUUAAUGCCAGGUAGUCCAGUAAUUUAUUCAGCUUCAUUUAUUCUUUCAUUUUGUUGAAUGGAUUCGUUAUCACAGUUAGAUGACUUCACUUAGCACACCAUGACCAAGAGCAGAUUUGGCACUCCUGAAGAAUUCUGGAAGCCCUUUAUGAGCCAGGUGCCUUAGGACUUGGCAAAAGUGGAUGUUUUUUGCUGGUUUGCUUACUGGCAGUUAACAAGGGAUUCUAUUUUAUGGCAUUGGGAUACAUUCUUCUUGUAUGAAGUACAAUUUGGAUACUGCAUGCCAACACGGGAAGGAUUACUUUUAUACUCUGAUUAGCUGACAGUGCCAUCUCCAGGACUGACAUCAUUAUCACAGCUGUAUUUGUUUCAGGUGCCUCUGCCCACCUUGUGUUUCAAAGCACCCCAGUCUAACAGGCAGGGAUGUGCACACAGGAUGAAUCCUGGGUUGGUAGUUUCUUCCCUUGCAGGAUUACCUUUAUGGGAUGGUUCUACCCAUGUCCAGCAUGUCCUGGCAGGUAGGUGAUUAGUAUGAAGUUCCCUCAUGCUGGACCUGCAAACAUCCCCCUGGCGGUAGCUCCACACUGGUAAGAGAAUGAUUCAUUUGUAUCCAUCUGGAUCCAGGAGGAGAGGCAGCAGUUGCUCUCCCCUAGUAGGUUAAAAAUCGCUAAUCCUAAAGAAUAGCUGGUAGAUAGUGGUGAAGAAAUGCUGCUGCUGCUUGCAUUAAGUAAUUAUUAAGAAAAUGGAGCCUUGGCUAUUUCAUAAAUACAUUUUCUGUCAAAUAAAGUAAGAUGAAUCCCAUGCCUCAGAUCUGAACUAACCCACAGUCAUCUUCCUUUUCCAGUGUGACAGAAAAAUAUUCCAGGCUGGCUCCAGCUGAACACUGGUUAAAGGUGUGAGACUUGAGGAGUGAAGGCACUGGGGCUUAACUUCCACUGGAUAAAAAUGACUUUCUCUGAUGACAAAUAAUUUAGAUGGAAAAUCUUCUAAUAUCUAAAAGAACAGGGAAUGUAUAACAUUGAUUACAAAUUAAAAGUUCUGAUAAAUUGGGGAAUUUGAAGCAGAGUUUGUGAGAUUACACUGGAGACCGGGCAGGCAAAAAUUAUCAAAUUUCUUUUCAAAGAGAAUUUUAUUUUCCCUGUUGAAGGAGAGAGAUAAAUUAGAAAUUAUUGUCUUGAAAAAACCAGCUUUUUAGUGUACACAAACAAAGAUUAUGUGGAAACCUACAAACAUCCCUUGGUUAAUACACAUUAAUCAGUUAUGCAUUAGUGGUAAGAAAGAGCUGUGGUUGGAGGCUAAUUGCCCUCGAGGUUUGUAAACUGUGGGCUGGCCGACUCCAGGCUGUUCUUUCUGGACAAGGGUCCUUGUGUUCCAGAGCCACAAAAUCUGGAAAGAUUUUCUAUCCCAAACUCAGCUUUCAAGAAGCGAGCUGCUGCACAAGUCUUGGCAAUUUUCUGAGAGGAUUAGUGAAAACAUGUUUCUUUUACAACUGCUUUGCUCCCAAGGGAUGGGCAAUUUUGACAGGGAAGCAUUUCAGUCUGGAUCUGUUACACAGGACUGCAAUGGUCAUUGUUAUGUGGUGCCCAGAAUCUCUCUUGUGAGGUUUCCAUGGUUUUGAUUGCAGCAUGAGAACUCCCCUGGUGCUGUGUUUGUGGUUCCUGCUGGUGUUGAGGCUUGGCAAAGAGCCUUGGCUACAGAGUCUGUUUUCAAGUUCCCAAGGAUCCACACUCAUGUCACGACUAGUUCUUGCUGGGGCUCUUUAUUCUGGUUGUAGCUCAAGAUCCCUACUAGGUUUCCCACAUAUUUUUAUUAUUUUUUUUAAUCUGUAUGUUUAAUACUAUAUGUACUUUCUUUAUGAAUAUGCAUUAUUUAUCUCACAUACUUUCUGAUGAUUUUCU